ACCCCUCAAAUUUAGGCCCCAAGCCCGUCUCUUCAGGGCCUAAGCCCUGGUCUGUCGGUUCCAAGGGUGGAUUGUUCAGAGGACGAGCGCAGGGAUGAGCCUGAACGCGACCUCUGCCAAGGAGAGGAAACCCUCCUGCAUGAAGCCGACCCGGGUAGAGCUGUGGGACGGCAUGCAGCGCAGGUGCCUGAUGCCCAACAUCACCGCCAAAGGGACGGGCACAGCUGGGCACAGCCUUUUGUCCCCACAUCUCGGUGGCUUCCCCAAAACUGAGCCCUGGGGUGGGAAGUGGCCACGGUGCCUGAGCAGGAGGAUGGGGGUCCGAGACCCUAUGCACCCCCCUGGGACCGAUGUCGGCAGCAGCAGCACCCCACUUCUGACCAUGUCCGUCCUUUCCAGCCUCAGGGGGAUUGCUCGACAUGCCUUUCACCAUGCGCGCGAGCAUCCCGAAACACGAGCUCCCAAGGCUGAAGGAAACAAAAGCACAGGAGAACAAGAAGGAAUCCGGGAUCAGCCAGCUGCCAGCAAUCCCGGGGCUGCCUCUUGCCAAAAACCAGCCUUUGGCCAGCCAAGACCAGGACAAACUCACAGCCUGAAGCGGAACACCAGGGAUGGACAAAAUGGGGCCAUCAACAUCUCAGGGGGUCCCAGGAGAAGAAUGAAGAGAGGACAUUCUGCCCACCCUGGACAGCACAUCCGAGAUGCUGGAACCCAAACCGGCCAGAGCAAGGCGCCUGGAACAGGAGAGACCCCCCACAGAAUCCGAGAUUUUGGAAAUUUGGAAGCGUUACCUCAAGAAGCAAAACCCAAAAAGGAUUGGGGUGCGUGUCCGAGUUCGCUUGCUUUUUGCACAUUAGCAAUAAAAGGCACCAAACCAAACCCAAAACUGUAG